AUGAGCAUUUCUCAAGACAGCGCUGCUACGAUCGUGUGCAGGGAGGUUUUCGAUGAGACGUCUCAUCCAACAAAUGAAGAAUUACUGGAUUAUGCAAAACGUCUGGGAAUUGAUCCCGAUGCGGAACCACAUCUUCUGGACUUGGCUCGUGAGGGCCUUAUGGCAGCUCUUCCUAAGGGCUGGUCUCCGUGCUUCCAUGAAGCUAGUGGUGCCUGGUAUUAUUACCAGGCAUCCACUGGCACUACCACCUGGGAACAUCCUCUAGAUGCAGUUUAUAGAGGACUCGUAGAACAAACUAGAGCUGGCAACAAAAGGCAACUAAGCCUUGAAGAAGAUUCAAAGACUACGGCAAAAGAUCUUGAAUCUCACGAGGACGCAACUUUACCGAAAGAAACAAUUAUUCCAAAAGAAACUGUUUAUGCGAAACCUAGCAUGGCAGGUACUAAAAUUCCUAUGAAACUGGCACCUUUACGAAAAGCCGAAAAAAUCGACAGUUCACGCAAGAGAGAUCGUCCCUCUUCUUUCGAUAGACUCCAAUCGAGAAGGGAAAGUGAUUCAAGAUCCGACAAUGUAAUGUCCUUGUCAAGUGAUCGGGCCGCAAGAGAUUAUACAAACUUGAAAUUUCAAGAUCCAAAAUUUUAUGAAUGUCCUAAAUUGCUCGAGAUAAAGGAUACGACUGCAACAACCACAACAAUUGCAACACCUGCGAAAAAAGAACUUGAUCUGAAAGAGGUACUGAAGAGAUCUGAGUCACUGAGUCCCUGGCAUGAGAAAGAUUGGGAACAGCUUUCUAGCAAAUUCAGUUCAGAAGAGAACAUAAUCGACAUCGACAAACUCAGUGCUAAUACAUUAGCCAGACCAGAAAAACUCGAGAAAUUCGACAAAGAAAAACAUCCAAGUCAGUUGGGUCAACAAAAGGAGUUAACUCUUAGUGGUGGUGGUUCGAUGUUUCUAAAAAGUAACAGGAGUAGAGAUACCACACCUAGUCAAGAUGGCGGCAAGUUAGAGGAUUUCCGGACAUUGACAAUUUCUGACGAAACCAAUAACAUUGCUGGUGACAGACCCAAAUCCAUUCUGAGGGAAAAACAACUUGAAGAUGACGAUCGACCAUUGGAUGAAGAACGCAAAAGCGUGCGCUUUGAUUUGGAAAAAGAGUUCAACAUCAAUUUCACAUAUUCCGAAUCCGAAGAUGAUUGGGAUUCCGAAUCUGAAGAUAAGAAUCAACGGAUAUCGGCUGUAAUUAGCAAUAAAAUUACUGGUUCCAUUUUAUCCCCGUGGAAAUCAACAUCGCAAAAUUUCGAAGACAUCAAUGAUGACAAAAACGAUUAUUCUAAUGAAAAAGAGCAGGAUAAAAUAGAUUUAGAGAUCAACAAUCAACACUUGUCUGCAGAGAAAAUCGAAUCCAUAUCAAAAAAUCCGAAAAUAGUUGGCAAAAGAUUCCUCGUGCAAAAUGUUUCGGAAAAUGAACAUCGAAGUCAAAUGACAAAGAAUGUUUUAGAAAAUGAUAAUAGUUUUGAUUAUCUACCUAAUAAAUUAGGUGAAAAAGUGAAAAUUAUCGAUAUAGUGUCAAAAAGUGAAACAGAUUGUAGCACCGCGAAAAGUAGUGAUUCCGAUGAAAUCAAAACAAAAUUGAUUAUUGAAAAAGCAAGAUAUACAACAAAUCUCUUAUCGAAUCGACAACUUGAAGAUGAUGAGUCAUCUGAUAUAUCAAGGUUCAAUCAUUACGCACAGAAGGAGCGAUUUGUGCGACCUAAGUUAGAAUAUUCUCAAAGUAUUAACGAUAUGAAAAUAAAAAUGAAUAGAGUACACGAAGAAGAAAUUGAAGAUUUUAGGAUUGAACUCGAUAUUAAAUUGCAGGAAAAGAAAAAAGAACUUGAGGAAAAUUUUGUGCAACAAAAGAUUUUAAUACAACAAUUUUUGGAUCAAAGAUUAGAAGAAAUGAAACAGGAAAUGGCACAAAAGGAAGAACAGGAGAUACAAAUAUUGAUUACUGAAAUGGAUCAAGCUAGAAUGGAAAAUUUGAAGAAAGUCCGCACGGAACUAGAGGUCUGUUACGAAAAAGAGAGACAAGAAAUAUUGACCAAUCUAAAAACAGAACUCGACGAGAGGAAAAGAGAACUUCUGGAAUUGAGGAGUCAAGAGAUGGGUAAGCUAGAAAAUGAGCACGAACGUGACCUUAGUGAAGAAAAACUUGCAAAGCUAAACGAAUAUGAGAUGAGAAAGCAACAUAACGAAAGAAUUGAAACUUUAAAGAAGGAAUUGGAAAAGGAAUUUGAAGACUUAAGAAAUGAAUUGAGAAUGCAACAACGAGAAAAAAUUACUAAAUUUACCGAAGAUCAUGAGCAAUGUCUAGCCGAAAUUCUUCGCGACUUUAGAAUGGAUGAAGCUCUUGCCCGUAAGAUGUAUAAAGAGCGACUGGAGGAAAUCCGUGCGGAUUUUGCAAGAGAUGCCGAAAAGGAGGCGAGAAAACAGACCGAGCGGGCUCUUCAACAAGAAAGCAUCGAUUUUGAAAAAAUGCGUUGCGAAAAACGAUUGCUACAGGACAAAUAUACGGCGCUUAAAGAGAAAUAUAUGAAGUUGAAAAAUGAUGUUCGCCUUGCAGUCGAAAGAAGAAGCAGAAGAAAGGAAGGAUAUACUACGGCCUCAGAAACCGAAAGAUCGACAUCUACUAGAACAAGAACGGAUAAGACUGAUUCGUCGGAACAAAAUACUCCGCUGAAGGACGCGCGCUCGAGUCCAGUAACAAAUGCGAAAUCGCAGGACAGCCAAAACGCGAACCAACAAGUCGAAGAGAAAAAUGAUCCAGAAAAUUUGAAGAGUCAGAAAGCGGUCGCGGGAUUUCAGAAACAUCCAUUCACCGCUGCUGGCUUGAAAAGUGCAACAAAGUUUGAGUCCGACGAUACUACCACCGCCAGUGAAACAAACACUAACAUGAUUACGAAGAAAAAGAAGAGUUUCAGUAAAAAAGUUACUUCAAGUGCAGGUCGCUCGAGCAGUAGUAAUAACAAUAUGGAGAAUCCAGUAGAGAAUAUUAGAAAACAGCUGAAAAAACUGGAAGAUCUCGGUGACCAAUUACCGAGCAACGAAACGGCCUAUACAGUGCGAUAUCCUUUCCAAGAUAAAGCGCCGGUGAAUGCCUCUUCGGAGCUAGAAUUCUUCCGUCACCGGAUGCAUGUGGAGAAGGAUUCGGUGAGGAGAGCUUGCGAGGCGCUGAGACAACAAAAAAGUGCCUUUCAGGGUAGGCAAAGAGCUUGGAAACAACGGAGCGGAAGAGCCACUCUGGAACAACUAGUGCAGGAGGAACGCGAACUCUCUGAUAUGGAAGUUAGUUUGCAUCGCACCAAAAGUCUUUUAGGUGAGAAAAUCAUUCAUCUAAGACAUUUGGAACAAUCUUUGGAACGAGUGGCAAACGACAAGCGAAAUGAAAAUGAUGCUAAAAAUGAUGAACUAAGCGACAUGUCGAGUGCCAGUAGCGGUUUCAGCUCGACUGAUUUAGGAACUGAUACUUUCAUAGAUAAGCCAGAUCAUUAUCAAGAGUCUACUGAAAUCAUUGCAAGUUUAGAAAAUUUGAACUCAGAAAUACGAGAGAUUUGGGAUGUUUUAAAUAAACGACAAGACAGUAACAUACCUGCAACACCGACACUUAUGUACUCUUAUUUGCGUUGGUUACGGUUUCAUCAUCUUACCACGCAGCCUAAUAGCAUGCAAGGUGCCUUUGGUACGCCCAAUAUACAAUCUAACAUCCUAUCUCAAUUAACUGCUGCACAACCUCCUAUUACCACAACUCAAAAUAUUAUCGCUCAGUACGGUCCUAAUAGCGGCUUUAGCACCAGCGUUGGUAGUGUCGAAAGGAAUGCUUCAAAUCUGAUGGAAAGGACCAGAAACCUCAGGGAUUGGCUACGCCAAGCUCGAAUUGAAAAUACUGACUUGAUUAGUCCUGGUCAGGCGACUCUUUAA